AUGGCGAUAAUCUCACUGAUCUUCCGCCAAUACGGAGAAAAAUGUCACCAUCCAGUUGCUAUUAUUCAGAACUCUGCGACUGACUACACGAGGCGCAGGCCUUGGUUGACCAUAAAGGAGGCUGAUGAUGACCCACCAUCACUUACCAGUUCAGGAUCAACUUUUGGGUUGCGUGGUUGUUUCAAGCGUGUUUCCGCCUUGCCAAUAGCUAUGGUAGUCCGCAAAUAUCUCCUCUUGACAACGGUAGCAGCCCUCUGCCUGUUGCCAACUGCUCUCGUAGAAUUUCAAAACAUGACUGCCAAUAACUACCAACUCAAAGCAACCAGCUACUCUAGCAUUAUUGCAAACCUGGGCAAGGUCCUCACUGUCAUAUCGGUCAUACAAGUCCUCGCAAAAUUCAACCACAGGAAUCCAAAUCUUCUCCCACGGUUAAAACACCCUCAGUGCCUUUACUUGGGAGGACAUCGACGGCUACAACGAUGUCAAUACAGAGAAAUGGCAUCCCCAGUGCAUUACCACUUUUGCGGACACAACAGACAACAGGGGCGAUAUCGCUAUGAAGGGGAUGUCGCCACUUUAGUCUCCGGGGAUUUGGACCGUUCUGAUGGCGAUACACGUGGAGCGCGAAUCUCCUUCAUCAAUAGGAACAAAGGGGUUACAAAGGGCUUCUGUAAUAUUCUGCACGUCGAACAAACUGACAGCGGGAGGAAGCCGGAUUUUGAGGCCUUCAGCGGCUCCAUGCAAGUGUGGAAGAGCCUGCUAAACCCAGGAGAUGGCAUUGGACAUGUCGGUUACAGCUAUCAAGCACACAACGAGAGCUAA